GAGUUGUUGGUUAGUGCCGAGCGGCGUGGUGAGAGCGAGGAGCGGCCCGCGGCUCUCAUUCAUCCCAGCAACAAAACACUGAGCCAUCCAGCCAGAGACCCGUCGAACAUCCGCCAUAAUGCCCUGUCGGAAGGAGAACUACAUCUUACUGGAGCAGUCCGUCACCGUCGACUCCAAAGAAGUGGACGCGCUGGUGACGAAAAUCGGCGAAGCGCUGCAGCUCCACAACAAUAGCGGCGGCCACCAGAAGACGGUGUCCGUGUCCAUGUCCUGCCUGCACGGGCUCGCCGGCAGCGGCGCCGGCGGAGUCAAGCCGGCGGCUAUCCUCGGCGGCAGCACGGGAGCUCCCGUGCAGAAACGCGCCGGCUGCUGUAUGCGGCUCCGGAACCGGGGACACCGGGGGAGCAGCAGGGCAAGCCCGUAUAACAUCCCUGGAUCUAACGGCGACCAGGACUGGGACCAAUUUAAACCGUGGAACAAAAAGAGGAUCGACGUGGAGGAGGACGACCCGCGCCGGCUGCUCCAGGAGUUAAUUUUAUCGGGGAAUCUGAUCAAGGAGGCCGUUAGGAGGUUGCAGUUCUCCGCCGCAGACUGUGGAGAUAUCCCCAAGGCGGCGGACAACGUGUCGUGUUGAUAACGUAACGGACGAGCCGUGGACGGGGUUUCCGCCGCAGCGUCCCCCCCACAGCGGGCGAACCCCAGCGCUGACACUGUACACACGGACUGUUUGAGACUAAAUUUCACAGGACUGGUAGCUAUGUUUUCUAAUUUCAUCCGUUUUCAUCGAUUUGUCUGUAACGUUUGUUACACCGCGUUGGCUAGCAGUUAGCCUAGCUGACUCGCUAGCCGCCCGGCUAAUGAGCCGUGUUGUUUAUGUUUGAAUGUCUCCUUGUGGGUCAGACGUUCGGGAGGGGGAGGGUGAGGGGGGGCAGGGGGUGUUAGAGCCACCAAAAACCAACACGACCGACCUUUACAUCAGCAGGAAGGGACGUUUGUCAUGUUUGAAAGGCUAAUGUUGUCCUCCAGAGCUGUAAACUGAAGAUACACAUCACAUGGAGUAUGUUAGUGUGUGUGUGUGUGUGUGUGUGUGUGUGUGUGAACAUGGAGUCGUGUGGUUCCUGAACAAUGGCUUUUCUUUUCUGGUGGAUGGAUAAUGGAGUCACUGUGAAGUCACACGGAACAGUGGCAGGAAGUUUGUUAUUUACCACUGCGUCCCGGAAUGUGUCCAUGUGUUUAGUCUUUUCUUUUUGGGGAGGGAGGGGGGGGGUGCUAAUGGCUGAAGUGUAAAUUAGCCAUUCCCUGCUUUGGCACAUCAUUAUUAUUAUGGGGGGGGGUCCAUUUUGUUUACAAUGUAAUGCUGGGUGGAAGAGCCGAUGUACAGCGAGCAGAGAGGAAGCCACCCCCUUCUUUUUUCUUCUGAAGUCGUCCUCACGUCGUUCAGUGGGUUGUCCUUAAACUGCCCUCGGAGCAGCUCGUUUCACCGGUUUACUCGACCUCAACCAAACAAAUCAGUGGAAAGAGCCUCGGUGAUGCUGGUUUAUAAAAAAAAAAAAAAAAAAAGCUGAAGCCUCAAACGGCACAAAAUGUGUUCCAA